CUGGAACCUAGGGAUGACAUGGAGGGUUGCCCCCAGUGCGCACUGCAUUGCCCAGCAUUACCUCCUUGUGCAGGAGUAACGGCACUAAUUGUCAGCACCUCACAUGGCUUGAUCAAUUUCUGGUUGACCAUGGCGCCUGGAGCUGGACUUCAAGAAUGCCAGAAGGGGGUGCUACUCCACGUUCAAGCUGGCCAACCUAUGCAGUUUGCUGGAGCAAGGCAGAUUUGGCACUAUCAUCCUGUGACUUCCGGACAACUUAUACCGUUUCUGUCAGCCAAAGCACGCUGCAGAUUGUCUCAUUUGAUGGGCUUCAGCCGAAUGGAGCAAAGGACAACCGUAGCACUGACAUCUCUGCCCUACCGCAAGUACAGAAGAAGAAGGGAGACCUCGGAUUGAGUUUUGGGGUGGCACCACGCCCAAUUGGAGUGGCUUUGUCACCUGUGGAGGAUGUUGAGUAUCUCCUAGUUCUUUUGUCGUCUGGCCACCUACUGGCUGCAAGCACUGUGCACUUGGGAGCAGAGUCCUUGUUGGCAUCUUUUCCUGAGGUGAGUGAUGAUCAUGGAGCUGGACCGGCCCUAGCUGCAAUCAGACAAUAUGGAUGGGCUGUGGUGAUAUCAGGGUCCAAGCUGGGCCUUGUGGACAUUGCUGAAGGCAUGCUACAUGGAAGCUCUGUGGCCAAGAUGGACCUCCCGAAGGGAACCGCAGCUUCGAUGUUGUUGCCGUUGCCGGAGGAUGAGCCAAGACUUCUCGUUGGUUGCUCCAGCGGGCGUUUGCUGCUCUAUUCAUGUUCCACAGGGUACAAGAGCCAGGUGCAGCGCCUCAACCUCACUCUUGCCGUUACCUUGGACAUUUCUGGGGUGGAGGUGAGGAGCACCCCGAUGGGCUUCAGAUCAUCAGUGAGCAAAAUGUUUGGAAGGCAGGACCGAAGCCAUUCACCACGCAGCAACUCUAGCAUCAGCGAUGCCUUUGUACUCGACGGCCUGCUAGUGGCUUGUGGGUCAGGAAGCUCGGGAAGCCUGCUCAGCGCGUGGCAGUCCAGAGAUGUCAAGGACACUUCCUCAGGAGCAUCCCGCUCAAGGUCCACAUUUGUCUCCAUGUUUGGCCACAUUUCGUGCACAUCAUCGACAACAAAGAUUUUGCGAAUCCUUGUGAUUGCUGGAAGCCAUGCUGGAGGUGCCAACCCUAUCAUUUUGUCUUUGGACAGCUUCGGCGACAUCACUUUGUGGUCAUUGAGGCCGACCCUCUCGCCCAUGCAAGUUGUGCCUGGCCGUUGUGGUUUUGAGGUUGCCUCUGGACGAACAUUUGCCUUGGCGGGGUCCUUGCACGUCUUGGUUGGAGUUGGUUCUCGCACUACUGCUGAGGUUGGUUGGCUGGAUGCUGCUGCUUUUCUCGAAGCAGCGGGCCGCUGUGGAGCAAAUCUGGCCGGCCCUUUCGCAGGUCGGACGCGCAGCCGCCGUUUGACGCCACCGUUCAUUGCAGGAGGCGGCGUUCAGAUCUUGAGCGGAGAGAUAUUUUUUGUGAGCACUUCCUCCAUCCGCUGCCACAAGGUGUCCAACGGCCGGACCUCAACUAUUGCUUUGUCAACCGAGGCAGACUGGAAGCCAAUGGGGGUUCUCGAUGAGCUUCAUGCUGGCGGUGUGAGCUAUUUGCUGCUUUCCGUUUGCGAGGCCCCUCAAGCCUCGGCCCAGCAUGCGGUGUGGAUAGCCUCAGUUGAGGGUGAAGUGGUGGCGCGAAUUCCCGCUGUUGAUGCAUGCUUCACAACAUCCCGGAUUGUUUGGCUGUCUAGGAACUCACCAACGCGAGUCUGCCAUUCUGGCCAUGAAGUGUUUCGCUCUACUUCUGCUUUGCCAGCGCGGGGCGAAGUUUCGCCGGCUGCUUCCUUUGAUGCAGAUGGCUUUGAUCGUGUGUUGGGGCACCCGGAUUCUGAGCUUACGUUGCUUUGGGGGAGCAAGCUGGACACCCCCCUGUACUUCGAAGCGGUUGAUGGGCCUCCCUCACCAGUCGGAGUCACACUACCAAGCAAUGGUCCAAUGGAGCUGGUGGACUUCCGAUGGGACGGGCACUCUAUUCAGCCGAAAGAUGGAUGUUGCCUCGCCAUAGCAGCUCCGUUCGUGCUUUGGGUGCUCAACUUUCAAGAGCACGAUGCAGGCUGGAAAGCACACUUGCUUUGCUGGCUGGACGUUCGGGCUGCAUUUUCGGGGUGUGGACGUGUGCUCUCCGUGGCAUGGCUGAAGGUUAGAGAUUUGCAGUCUGCAGGAGUGCUUUUGCUUUCAACACCCUUUGGGGUUUGUGCUUGGGCGACUGAACCCCUUUCACGCCCUCAGGUGCUGGCACUUUAUGAACGUCCGCAGCUGAUCGUGGCAGCUCUCCUGGACAGGCUAGUUUCGGUGGAGCUUCAAGCUGGCUUCAGUCUUCAUGCGGGCUCAGACCAGAUGUCAGGAGAGAUGCCGUCGUCCACGUUACUUUGCUCUCGACUGCGAGCUCGGAUCAGGACACGGCCGGUCAGUUUCUUCGAGGUCCUUUGCAGCCUUUGUCCGGGACAGCAAGGUCUUUGGAUGAAAGAGAUUGAAUGGCGGCUGGCUCCAGCUGAGCCUGUGCAAGACCUGCCAACUCACACCGUGAACCAACUUUGGCAGGCAGCAGCCUGUGCGGAGGCACCACCUCAACUUCGAGAUUCUCCUGCUGCCCUUCGUCUCCUUUCCGCUGCGGUGGGCGAAGAAUUUCGAGCCUUGAGUGCGAUUGUGCACCCGCUCUCCUCUCGCAAAGGUCAGCAGGACGACUUGGCCCGUGUCGUUUCCCAAAUGGAUGAUUGUGUGCAUGGCUUGCGGAGCAGUCCUGGACGUUUGCCAAUGCUUGGCUGCGCAGCCUCUCUCUUUGUCAGCUGCUCCAAAGCUGCUGGUGACACUUUUGAUGGCUUGGCAAUUGCAAGCAACCUCCUGGCAAAAUAUGAUUUGCUGCCAUUGGGAAGCCUGCUAGCCAGCAUCAAGCUUUACCAGGUUCAUUUGCCUUUUGUCAGCUGUCCAUUGCUCCGUUCGAGCAGUGGCGUCCCAGUUUAUGAGGCCUUCUCAGACGAUCAUUGGUCCAACACCUUUUUGGCGCGGGCUCCGCUAGCUGAAGCACUCCUACACGAGGUCAAGGCCCAAAAGAACACGCAAGAAUUCCCUGCAGUUGCAUUGCAGCAAUCCUUCACUGACACUCCACAAUCAAAAAAGCCGCAGCAAGUGAUUCAGCCUGGCGGACACCAGGUAUGCCAACUCCACACUGCCACCUUGAUGCAGUGGUUGGGUUUGGGAUCAACUCAGGUGCAAGUUCGAGUAUUCAAGGCCAUUCAGCAUGAAGCAGAGGAAAGUCCUAGUAGCCAUGAAGAAAGCCCUGGUCAUCAAGAUAGGGAUCCUGCAGUUUUAGCGAGCGGGCUGUUGAUCUACUGGCGGUGUGGAGAUGGUGAAGGGGCGCAAGUGCGAGACAGCGCAGGUUGCGGCCGGUCAGGUUUUUUACGUGGUGGCUCUUGGCGCGGGCCCCUUUCUCCUGACGACCCGAUGGAGCCGACUGAUGAGUGGGGGCAGGCUUUGUCGCCCAACUUCGCGAUUUAUUUGGGACAAGCUGAGCUCCGUUACUCUUCAUCAAGCGCCAGUGAUCGCCAGAUGCUGGCAUUAGUUGCGGGAAAUCGGUCCGAAGGGCAAGACCAUUUGACCAAGGCAUGUGAUGGGGAAGAGCCGACUCCAGGAUGGACGGUUGAUUUCUGGGCCCGGAUGCGAAACAGUCGAGAGGAGUUGCUCUUGUUCAGCCGGAGGUCAAGCGAAUGUGCUAUGGAGUGGCGUUAUGUGCCAAGGUUGCCUGGAUUCCGCAUCACACUGGGCCAGCAGCAACACCUAAGUGGCAGCUGCGACCCUUUGCCAGAAGGUGAGUGGACACAUUUGGCGCUGCGGUCAACUCUCGACUCACUCGAGGUGCUUGUAGAUGGCGAGCUUGCUGUGACAUCCCAGCAGUCCGGGCUGCAGGUCACUUUGGAGGCAGAUCUGGGAUUUGGUCCUGCAGAUAUGGAGAUCACAGAGGUCAGAGUUUGGGGCGCUGCUCGCUCCGAGAGCGAGUUGCUGCAGUACCAGCGGCAAUGUUUGGACACAUUACUCAGCAGUGAGCUCCGGGGCGAAGCAUGGAAGAGAGUGAAAAUCAGGCCUGCUGCAGAGGGACCUGCUGAUUCAGGAGUUUUGCCCAGUUUGUGGGACAUCUCCGCGCUGGCGCAGCCAGGUGGGCAGAGCAGACGGAAAAACGAGCCGCAGGGAGACUUGGCGCCCGCAAGUGGACAGACAUUCCCGCCAAGUGCUCCAGAGAAGGAAGCUCCAAAGCCUGCCUGGCCAGCUUGGGGAGACUUUGGAGACUGGCGCCCAUUUGAAGUUGCUCCUCCAGUUUGGCCAGAAAACAGCAAGCAAGGCAUGGAGGAGAGCAUGGAGAGCGCCAAACUACCACCCUCAGACAUUGUGGAGGAACUGCCACAUUUAGUACCCCACAAGCCUCACACCAAACUACCACUGUCGACACCACUACUCACAGUGGGCCGCUUGAUGCAAGGCAUUGCUGCAAAGAGAUCUGAAGACGCUGCAGCUUCAACAGUUACGGUUGAAGUGCUGCCAGCCUGGCAGGCUCAGGCCACUCCAGAAGUGCUUGUGCCAGGAGACCCCGAGAUAUUCUCCAAGUCCACUGCUGGGCGCCAAGAUGGAAGCCUAGAUGACAGCCUUCAAGGAUCGGUCAGACCACUUGAGAGGACGCCAGCAUCCAAGCAACCGCCACAGCUGCCAGAUGUACUGCCUCCACUGCCGGCUGGGUGUUCUGCUCUUCACGGUGCUGAUGCUUCUGUGCGAAUUGCAGCCAGCGCGUUGAAUAGACAGGCGUAUGGCUUUGCCAAUGCUCUCUUCAAGUCAGUGAUUCUCCAGCUUGGAGCUUCAGGUGCGUCGGUAGCAAUGCCAGCUCUACGCUCUCGAUUUGAGGCAGCCGUAAGCUAUUGCUGCAUUUGUCACCUUCUUCAAUUGAUACAGGAGGGGCAGGAGGCUAUUUCAAAGGCAGACAGCAGCGCCAGCACUCGGAACAUCCAGCAUGCCCUAUGCCAACAGUGGGAUUGCCUGUUGCGGUUGGAGAAGGCACCCUGUCACACCGUUCAACUCUCACUUAAAGCAGCGGCCCACCUCUUCUCCUUCACCCAGGCAGCUGGUGGUUGGGCUGCAGCGCGGAGAGUUUCUGAGGUCUUGUUGGAGAACUACGCCCCCUACUUGGACAGUGAGCAGCAUAGCCAGGUGCUUUAUCUGGCCGAAGCUACUCGCCAUGGUCUUCAAGCAGGGCGGAGCAGUGCAGCGAUGCUUUGUGCUUGCCCUGGCUGUGGUGCUCCUUUAGAUUUCUUGGCAAAGACGUGUGACACUUGCAGCGCUUUGCUGGCUGUCGACUUCUCGGAACUGAAGCUGUGCGAUUUGCGUCACGCUAGCCGGUGUUUCCUGGCAACACCGGGGGCUCCGUUUGUGCUGCAGUCUUUGGCCGAGGCUCAAUGCCUGGCAGAGCUAGGGUCGCAGGUUUACCUCAUUCAGUGAGGCCUCAUUUUGGACUUUCAAAGCAGCUUGCUCGGUUGCCUUGACCAACCCUGAUUAUAAGCGUGUGGCAUUGUGGAAUGCCACAUUCGGAUUGACAUGCUGUUCAUUGCCGCACCUUUUGCGGUUUCGGCUGCUGGCAAAGGACGGGACACAUCUGAGGUCAAGCAAUUGUCCCGCCUGUGGCGCUGGCGAGCUCACGCGCGGACUUCCUGUCCUUUCUUACUAGGCGAAGACCGCUUAGCUUAAUUGCCAAUGCUCGAAAUGUUU